UUUUGCUUGAAAGAAAUCGAAGGGAAGAAGCAGAUCCCAUCUUGCUUGCAGGAGAUGGGCUUCCCGGCUAACGGCACCUCCGGCGACAAGCCCCUCAAGUUUUUGAUUUACGGCCGCACCGGCUGGAUUGGGGGUCUCCUCGGCAAACUCUGCCAAGCUCAGGGCAUCGACUUCGAAUACGGCUGCGGUCGCCUUGAGAACCGCUCUUCUUUGGAAGCCGACAUUGCUCACGUGAAGCCGACUCACGUGUUCAACGCUGCCGGAGUCACGGGGCGCCCGAAUGUGGACUGGUGCGAAUCUCACAAGGUCGAGACCAUUAGAACCAACGUGGUGGGCACUUUGACCUUGGCCGAUGUCUGCAGGGAGAGAGGCCUCAUCCUCAUCAACUAUGCCACUGGCUGCAUCUUUGAGUACGACUCCGAUCACCUCAUCGGAUCCGGCAUCGGCUUCAAGGAAGAGGACACUCCCAAUUUCAUCGGAUCCUUCUAUUCCAAGACCAAGGCCAUGGUGGAAGAUCUGCUCAGGAACUAUGAGAAUGUCUGUACCUUGCGCGUCAGAAUGCCUAUCUCAUCAGAUUUAUGUAACCCACGCAAUUUCAUCACAAAGAUCACUCGAUAUGAGAAGGUAGUAAACAUUCCAAAUUCAAUGACUAUAUUGGAUGAACUGCUUCCCAUUUCCUUAGAAAUGGCCAAGAGAAACCUCACUGGCAUCUGGAAUUUCACAAACCCUGGAGUGGUAAGCCACAAUGAAAUCUUGGAGAUGUACAAGGAAUACAUUAACCCCGAGUUUAAGUGGACGAACUUUACUCUUGAGGAGCAGGCUAAGGUAAUAGUUGCACCCAGGAGCAACAAUGAGCUUGACGCCUCUAAAUUGAAGGAAGAAUUCCCGGAACUCAUGUCCAUCAAGGAAUCCCUCAUUAAGUAUGUGUUCCAGCCGAAUCAGAAGGUUAAAGCUUGAAGAACGUAGGUUUUCAUUUUCCCCCCUUCUACUGUUACAUUGAAUUGCUUGUAUGGAUUGGACGCUGUGUUCUUUAAUCUCAGGUGUCCCUCUUGGUUAAUAGUCAUUGCAGGUGCACUUACUCUGUUGGAUUUCUUGUAUUUUUAUUGACUUUUUGGUGAAUAAUUCAGUUGCAGCUUAUUUAUAUGGAAUAGUGCUUUAAUUUUUCA